UCUAAGUGGAAAUUCCUUAAUAAAAUGCUAUCCAGAUAUUGUGGAUAUCAAGCCUGCCAAUAUGGAAGAGCUGACAGAGGUGAUUACAGCAGCAGAGUUCCAUCCAAACAGCUGUAAUACAUUUGUAUACAGCAGCAGUAAAGGAACUAUUCGGUUAUGUGACAUGAGGGCAUCUGCUCUCUGUGAUAGGCAUUCUAAACUGUUUGAAGAACCUGAAGAUCCCAGUAACAGGUCAUUUUUUUCCGAAAUCAUCUCCUCUAUUUCUGAUGUAAAAUUCAGCCAUAGUGGUCGAUAUAUGAUGACUAGAGACUAUUUGUCAGUCAAAAUUUGGGACUUAAAUAUGGAAAACAGGCCUGUGGAAACAUACCAGGUGCAUGAAUACCUCAGAAGUAAACUUUGUUCACUGUAUGAAAAUGACUGCAUAUUUGACAAAUUUGAAUGUUGUUGGAAUGGAUCUGACAGUGUUGUCAUGACUGGAUCUUACAAUAAUUUCUUCAGAAUGUUUGACAGGAACACAAAGCGAGACAUAACCCUAGAAGCAUCACGGGAAAACAAUAAGCCUCGCACGGUUUUGAAGCCACGCAAAGUCUGUGCAAGCGGCAAGCGAAAGAAAGAUGAAAUAAGUGUUGACAGCCUAGACUUCAACAAGAAAAUCCUUCAUACAGCAUGGCACCCCAAGGAAAAUAUCAUUGCUGUAGCUACUACAAACAAUCUGUAUAUAUUUCAAGACAAAGUGAAUUAGGGUUGGCAUUCCUAGCAGAAGAACCCACUUCCUGCUUAGUUGAGAUAGUUGAAUCUAGCAUUCGUACCUAUAACAGAGAGAGGUCCAUUGUGGCGCCCCUUUCCAGUGUUUGACAGUGUGCCAUUCGACACCACAUUUCCAUAGCUACAUGGAGAAAGCUCUGUGGAUCCAUCACUGUGGUGUUCUCCAUGUCUGCUAGCCAUUUAGGUAAGGGUAGGGCACUUUUAAUUUAAAUGACUUCUUGCACCAUCUUGCCUAAUGGACUAGAUUGGACUGUAUCAACAUUGAUUUACUCCACUUUUUAUGCCUUCCAUUGUGAUGACGUCAAACACAGUGAAAGCCUUCAGUCAUGCUAUGGGAUUUAAUUGUGUAUCCUCAUUACUGUAUCAUUUGUGGGGUACACCCCCUUUUUAAAUUAAAUACAGCUCAUUCUUACUGUGGCUUGUAGCAUUCCUCCUCUCCUGGCCUCCUGGACUCUUCCCCUUCAUCUCUCUUACCCUUGCCCCCUCCACCCAGUCUUGGUGGUGGUAUAUUAAAAAAAAAAGAAUGAAAGCACACAAAAUGAGUCAGUUUGGGGUCAGUGGUUAUAAAGGGGGUAUAUGUUGAGAACAAAUGUUUUAAUAACAGUUGGCUGUAAUCACUCCUUGCCAUGUCUGGCACUGAAAAUAAGGAAAAAAAAAAACUACUACUGAAUAAAAGUGACAAAGAAUGGAGAA